UCAAACCGUUCAGACUCGUCGUUGGAAAAUCGCUUCAUUCCCGCCAUUACGUGCUUUUUCUGCCGUGUAGCAACUUGAUUACCGGAGGAAGGCACGAUGACGGACACCCAGUAUUCAAAUUAUCAGCAACAGGGGUACAAUCAGUACAGUCAGCCACCACCUUCUGGUGGUCAGGAUACUUCGUAUCCACCACCUUCUAGCGGUGGUGGUGGUGGCUACAAUCAAUAUAGUCAACCACCACCAAACAGUGGAAGCAAUUAUGGCAGUUACAACAGUUACAAUUCCAGCGGUGGCCCAGACUACAAUCAAUCACAAAAUCAAAACAGUUACAACCAGAACAGUUACGGCAGUGGAGGUGGUUCUGGAAAUAGUGGCAACAGCGGUUAUGGUGGCAAUUAUGGGCAUGGCGGUGGAGGUGGAGGCAGUGGAGGAUAUAAUCGUAAUAGUUCUGGUGGAGGCUAUGGUGGAGGUCAAGGAGGAGGUGGUGGCAGUAGAUAUGGCGAUCGCGGGGGAUACAAUGACCGCUCUGGCGGUAGUUACAACAGUGGCGGUGGCCGUGGUGGUUAUAACAAAGGCUAUGGUGACCGUGGAGGGGGCAACGAUGGAAUGGUUACACAAGAGGAUACUAUUUUUGUAUCUGGUAUGGAUCCUUCAAUUUCAGAAGAAGAAAUCUGUCAACAUUUUGGAGCCAUUGGUAUAAUUAAACAUGAUAAGCGGACAGGAAAACCUAAAGUAUGGAUGUACAAAGAUAAAAAUACUGGAAAAUCGAAGGGUGAAGCUACUGUGACUUACGACGAUCAAAAUGCUGCACGUUCUGCGAUAGAUUGGUUUGAUGGAAAAGAAUUUAAAGGUCGAACUAUAAAAGUACAAAUUGCCCAGCAUAAAAGCAAUUGGCAGGGUAAUCGUAGUGGUGGAAGCCGUGGGGGUGGUAGUCGAGGUCGAGGAAGUGGUGGAUUUGGAAGCCGCGGGGGUGGAGGUGACAGAGAUGAUCAUCAUCGCGGUGGUGGUGAUGAUCGACGUGAUGGAGGUGGUCGCGGAGGAGAUUGGCGGUGUCCUAAUCCAGAAUGUGGUAAUACAAAUUUUGCUUGGAGGGAUCAAUGCAACCUCUGCAAAAGUUUAAAACCUGAAGGUGCUGGUGGUAGCAGUGGUGGUGGAAGAGGCAAUCGUGGUGGUGAUCGUGGAGGUCGAGGAGGCUUUAGAAGUGAUAGAGGUGGCCGAGGAGGUGAUAGGGGUGGUCGAGGAGGUUUCCGCGGCGGGGAUAGGGGCGGAAGAGGUGGUCGUGGUGGACCAAUGAGAGGUGGUGGAGGUCGAGGAGACAGAGAUAGGGAUCGUCAACGACCUUAUUAGAGAUAAUCUAAAAAGUGAUUGAUUAAUCACUUAUUGACGUAUUGUACACAGUUUGUACACAAUCUCAACGUAUGUACAUUUGUCACAACACAAAAAUCAUGUGUUACACUCCAUUAUCAUAGUUUUGUUUUCUCGUACAUUUUUUAUAUUCACGGAGAUCGAUGCGUGACGUGUAAUUUUUGUGUUUUAUAUACGCAUGUAAAUGAUAAUCAUAUGUGUAAAGUUACAUUUUAAUAAA